CUUGACAUUUGACCAGGACGUUUCAGCUUUUUCACAUCCUGGAGGGGAGGCUAUCCUUAAUGAAGAAAUGGUGGUGCAAGUUUGAGGACCCCAAGGGAAAGGGGGAGGAACUGUGCACAAGUCUCAGGCUGAGUGGAAUGGAAUGCAAUUAAAUUGCCACCGACACCCAAUACACAUGGAGGCUUGUAAUCUGCCUGCCCCGUGGAUGCUGAGUUUGAAGAAAAAGUUGGGCCAAUUUUAAAUGUUACAUUUGGACACCACCAGGGAACGCAGCAGCAGAAGUAGGAGCCACAGGGGGAAGUAGAGGGUGGAAUAAACAGGCUCUUUCAUACUAUGAAGCCGGACGGCUAGCAGCAAGGAGCCUGAGCCCUCACUGAGUAAGGUUUAAGGCACUUAAGCGACUGAAGUUGUCUUGGGUAAAAGCCAGACUCUCUCUGUCCCCUGGCUUCCUGCCUGCUCCAAGGAGCCUCAGAUUGAUCUUAAAAGCUAAGGAGCUGAGAUGGGAGCCUUCCUCUUUAUGCUGUCAGUUUUGGUAUUACUUGCUGGGGCCUGGCCAGAUCUGGGACAAUCCAAGCAGAGUGCCCAGAAGUGUGUACGAUGCUGUAGCCCUGCAGGAUCCCCUGGUGCUGUCCCUGCACCUUCCAACAGGAUGAGUAACUAUCCCUCAUGGGUGAUGCCCCGGCUUCAACCUACCAUUGACAUUACCAUCCUUAAAGGAGAGAAAGGUGAAUCAGGAGAGAAAGGUCAAUCUGGAGUGAGUGGGAAGGAGGGGAUACCAGGCCAGCGGGGAUACAGAGGACGGAAAGGCCAGAAGGGACAAAUUGGCCUGCCAGGGAACUCCUGCAAGCAUGUCUAUGAAGCCUUCUCUGUGGGUCGGAAAAAGGUUCUCCACAGCUCUGACUACUUCCAAGAUGUCACGUUCGACACAGAGUUUGUGAAUCUCUACAAGCAUUUUAACAUGUUCACGGGCCGGUUUUCCUGCUAUGUAGCUGGCAUCUACUUUUUCAACCUGAAUGUGCAUACCUGGAAUUUCAAGGAGACCUAUCUUCACCUGAUGAGGAAUGACCAGGAGGCAGCCAUCCUGUACACCCAGCCCAGUGACCGGAGUAUUAUGCAGAGUCAAAGCCUCAUGCUGGACCUGGAGGAGGGAGACGAGGUCUGGGUACGGAUGUUCAAGAGAGAACGAGAGAAUGCUAUCUACAGCGAGGAGUCUGACAUCUACAUCACCUUCAAUGGCCACCUGAUUAAACCUGCUGAGGAUUAGCUGCCCCUUCCCCAGUUACCCCAAGGCCCAAAGUCAGGAAGACGUGGAUCCCGUACCAAGUGCAGAGUGUGGUAGGAUAUUAUCUGGGAAACAGCUCAGUCAAGUGGAUCAUCAGUCCCAUGUCUAGAAAUGUUAUCUGGAAUUCUGGAGCCCAUAUGGAUAGAGGAGCCAAAGGGAGAAUCCAUUCCAUAUCCAGGUUAUCUGAUUAGGUAGCCAGACUGGAGGGUGGGAGGAGGGUCCAUCCAUUGUCUAUUCCCCAUAGUGUAAAUGUAGGACUGGGAUAGAUUUCUACCUCACAGGUAACUGGCCCAGGAAAUUUUAUAUAUGUGUAUGUACAUGUAUAUGUAUAUAUAUAUAUAUACACAUACAAUCAUUGCAUACAUGCACAUAGACAUAUAUGAGAGACUUCAUUUUCAAGGAACUUGUUCACUUAAAAUCUGACAAGAGCAAGGUUUAAUUUCAUGUGGAAUAUUUUCCCUUUAAAUAUAUCAUAAGGGCCAAGAGAUGGGAAAAAUAUAUAUCUAGUUGGGUUUGGACUAUAUUUUCAAUUCAGCAAACAUUAAGCAGCUAUUAUUCUCAUAUUACAGAAAAGGAAACUGAGGUUCAAAGAGAAAGAGGAAUUUACUCAAAUUCAUGUGGCCUUUAAAUGACAGGGCUGAGGCUAGGACUCAGUACUCCUGGUUCUCAAGUCCUGUUCAUUUCAUUCCACCAUUCUACCUAGCAGUUCAGUCAAAAGUGGAAGGAACCUUGAGAGGAAGGACCAUCAGAUUGCCUGAUUCUUAGUGUUGAACUGUAUGACCCUGAAGGACACUACCUUAAAAGACUUUGUGGGUGGCCAAAAUAGUACUCUCUUCCAUUUACUGAUUAAGAAACUAAGGUCCAAACAGAUUUGAUAAUUUGCCAGUUAUCAUGCAGCUAGUAAGUAAUGGAGGAGAGUCCAGAAGCCAAGCUGCUACCUACUACUUCAGUGUUUCAUGGGUUUUUUUUUUCCCUCCAUUAUAUAACCAAAUUAAUGAUCAAGGUCUGAGUGAACACCAGUUUUGUGCACAACACUACAGUCUCUGACCUUCAAGAACUUGUAGUCAAAUUGAGGAGACUGGGCAUUUAAAAAAAUAGAGAGAGCACCAUGGUGGUCAUAGUGAGCCCACCAGAUUUGGAGUCAGAAUCCUGUAAGCCAGAUCUGCCACUAAAUGGCUAUUCAACCUUAGGUUAGUCCCUUUAAAUCAAUCAAUCAAUUAAUCAAUCAAUAAAUAAAUAUUUAUAAGCACCUACUAUGUGCCAGGAACUAUACUAAAUGCUGGACCCUGUGGGUCUCAGCUUUUUCUUCAAAAUUAAUAUAUAAUUAUAGAUAAUUUCUAGAGACCUUUCCAGUUCUAAAAUUAUAUAGUUCUUCUCUAUUUCCAGAGUGGUUUCCUUUAAACGAACCCUUGUCUGUCUAUCAUCCUGAGCACCUCACUAUCCCUAGAAUGUACCUUGUACAUUUCCCUUUCAUACUUCCCAUACAAAAUCUUUUCCCUACCAAACAAACAAACACACAAACAAGCAAAACCAAAACACUUCCUUCUCUUUUCCAAUAAUCCAAAUCCAUCUUUCCUUCAAGGUCCAGCCCAAGUCAUAAUUUCUUCAGAAUGAUGUUUCCUUUUUAGCCUCUUGUGGGAGAGAGGAGAAGAAGAGGGAUGGUGCUUUUCUAAUCAAUUAUACAAACACUGUCAACAUCAAGUUUGCAACAAUGGCCUUGUGUUAAAACUUAACUUUCCUGGCCAGGAGUCUCAUUCUCCCUGGUCAGACUAUCAGCUCCUCCAGAUCAGGUCUCCUUUUCCAGUUGUCAGUCUCCUCUGCGGUGUAGCUGGGCUCAGACCUCAGCACUUGGUAACUGAUGGAUCCAGUUGAAUUGGUGCUCUGUUCUCUAUUGGAUGGUUCCUCUUAUUCACUGUUAUUCUCUAACUGUAUAAUCAAUCACUUGAGGAUUAUAAUAAACGGUGCUACUUAAA